UUAGCUAAAGGGUUAAGGGUUCGUCCAACUAAUAAAGUAAUCCCAAAAAUUACAUCCUCACCUAUCACCCUCAUUAAAAAUCCAUUUCCCUGUCAGCGAAUAAAAUUAUUUAAAAAAGUAAAUAAUAAAAUAAUUUAAAUACACAAAUAAGUUUCUCAUAAAAUAGUUUCUCAUGCGCGUGUGUAAUUAAUUAGUUAAUAAAUUCGCGUGCAUGCGUGCGUGUCACUCCACACUCCAAUCUACAAUAUUAAAGAUAUAUCGGGGCGUGUACAUACAUAAUAAUUUAUAAUUAUACUACAAUAAUUAUAAAAUUAAUAAUUAUUUUAUAAAUAAUAUCAAUAAUGUUUAUUAUCAAUAAAUAUAUAUAAUAAUAUAUAAAUGUUACUAUGUGAUUAGUGUGUUAACAAAAACAAAAGUGUCUGUGUUUUGUGAUCGCGCGCAUGUUCAGCUUAUCGCCAUUUUGUAGGUAAAACAAUCUAGUUAAUUAGAGGAUGGACUGACAUGAGCUCACACGAGGCACAAGGUAAAAUUCUAUGAACAGACGUGGUGGUGCUGUUGUCGGUGGCGGUGGUGAACCAUCGGCAGUACCGAGACCCGGUAGUCUCAAGGACCCUGAGAUUGCCGAACUAUUUGAAAAAAAUGACCCGGAAAAAAUAUUUGAAGACUUGCGUGAAAUCGGACAUGGGAGCUUCGGUGCAGUUUACUACGCGAGGUGUUCGCUCACCAAAGAAAUCGUUGCUAUUAAAAAAAUGUCAUACCUCGGCAAGCAGACUGUCGAGAAGUGGCAGGAUAUUCUCAAGGAAAUAAGAUUUCUGAGACAGCUUAAUCAUCCGAAUACCAUUGAAUACAAAGGAUGUUAUUUGCGUGAUCAUACAGCAUGGCUGGUAAUGGAAUACUGUCUCGGUUCGGCUUCUGACAUAAUAGAAGUCCACAAACGUCCGUUAAAAGAAGACGAGAUUGCGGCAAUAUGCGAAGGAGUAUUACGCGGAUUACAUUACCUCCACUCUUUGGGCAGAAUACACCGUGACGUAAAAGCUGGUAACAUUUUAUUGACUGAAAAUGGUACUGUUAAACUCGCAGACUUUGGUUCCGCGAGUAUAAAAUGUCCAGCGAAUAGUUUUGUCGGCACUCCAUACUGGAUGGCGCCGGAAGUUAUUCUUGCUAUGGAUGAAGGACAGUACGAUGGAAAGGUUGACGUUUGGUCACUUGGAAUCACGUGUAUCGAAUUGGCGGAAAGAAAACCACCGUAUUUUAAUAUGAAUGCUAUGAGUGCGCUUUAUCAUAUCGCGCAGAAUGAUACACCGACGUUAAACUCACCGGAUUGGUCCGAUGUCUUUGGAUAUUUUGUUGAAGUUUGUUUAACUAAAAGUCCAAAUGAACGACCUUCGUCUGGUACAUUACUUGGACAUCCAUUUGUAACACGUACACGUUCACCUCAAGUUUUAAUUGAUUUGAUUCAACGAACCAAAGCAGCAGUACGUGAAUUAGAUAAUUUAAAUUAUAGAAAAAUGAAAAAAAUAUUAAUGAUUGAUGCUUGUGAAACUGAAAGUGCUGCUGGUGAUGCUGAUGAUACACCUGAUGAACAAACAGGUGGUGACAGCAGUAAAAGUAAUUCGAUAACAUCCGAGCACUCGAUUCACUCAAUGGGUGUAUCAGCAAGUUCACAAAGUUCAUCAACAAAUAGCCUGCCACUGCCGAAUGCUGAUUCAAAUGACUUUUCAUCUGGAUCCGUUCGUAAUCGUCACAAAGUAACGGGUGUCACUGCCAAUUUAAUAGAACAUGGUGCCAAUAAUUUUGCCACAAUACGUACGACAUCAAUAGUUACUAAGCAACAGAAAGAACAUAUGCAAGAAGAAAUGCACGAGCAAAUGAGCGGGUACAAGCGUAUGCGACGCGAGCAUCAAGGCGCGCUUGUUAAACUUGAAGAGCGUUGCAAAAUGGAGGUCGAGUCACACAAACAAUUGCUGGACAAAGAGUACGAGACUUUGUUGCAACAGUUUAGCAAAGAACUGGAAAAGUUACAGUUCAGGCACUUGCAGGAGUUAGAACGUAAGUUGAAACAGAAUCAAAAUGCCGAGAAGAAAUUACAGAAAGAAAUAAUUGGCCGUCAGGAGGCUGAUCGCAAAGCGCUCGAGACACAGCAGAAACGCGAGUACAAGGCUUACAAAGAACGAUGGAAGAAAGAACUGUCUCAGGAUGAAGUAACGCCCAAACGUCAGCGUGACGCGACAUUGCAAAGUCAGAAGGAUAAUUUGAGGCAGAUGGAAGCUCAAGAAGAACAGCGACUUGCUCGUGGGCAACGCGAGUAUCUUGAUCUGGAGAUACGUAAAUUCCGUAGAAAAAAAUUGCUGAUAUUUCAUAGUCUUGAGCAGGAGUUGUUGCGAGAGGAAUUAAAUAAACGGCAGCAACAGUUGGAGCAAGCGCAUGCUAUGCUGCUGAGGCAUCAUGAGAAAACUCAGGAGCUGGAAUAUCGGCAACAGCGGGCUGUACAUUCUUUGAGAGAGGAACAGAUACAGCGGCAACAUGCCACUGAGUUGUGUAAUCAACAGGAUUAUAUGCAGCGCGCGGAACGUGAUUUGAGAAAAAAGCAUGCCCUUGAAUUGAAACAACAGCCCAAGAGUUUGAAACAAAAGGAAAUGCAGAUUAGAAAACAGUUCCGUGAGACGUGUAAGAUUCAAACGCGUCAGUACAAAGCGCUCAAGGCACAGAUUUUACAGACAACUCCUAAAGAUGAACAAAAAACAGUAAUUAAGAAAUUGAAGGAGGAACAGCGACGCAAGCUCGCGUUGUUGGGUGAUCAGUAUGAGCAGAGCAUCGCUGAGAUGCUGCAGAAACAGAGCAUCAGACUAGACGAGUCCCAGGAGGUUGAGUGUCAUCAUCUUAAAGAACGGCUUAAUUAUGAGCUGGAGAUACUGAUGGCGUAUCAGUCGAAAAAUAAAAUGCAAGCUGAGGCACAGAGAAAUCGUGAACGUCGCGAGUUAGAAGAUCGUGUUUCUGUAAGACGGGCUUUGCUUGAACAGAAAAUGGAACUUGAAACUCAAGAGUUUUUACAGGAACGCAGUGAGAGAAUACGUUUGUUGCAUGAGAGACAGGAACGUGAGUUGCAGCAGUUUGAUGACGAGAGCGCAAGAAUUGGUUUUAGUGCACUAGCAAUAGCCGAAGCAUCAAAAGAAUCUUAUCCAGACGAUGACAGUUUAAGUGGUUCCAUGUUGAGUUUAGCUCACAGCAAUAGCUCUACAUCUUUUCCUCCCAAUAGUCUUUAAUUAUUAAAAUUAAUAUUAAUAACAUUUAAAUAAAUAUUAACAUUAUUA